AUGCUCCUUCUCCAAGAAACUCCAGAACAGUGGUUAUCCCCAGUGUACGGGGGGCAUUUGGAGGGCAGCCUGAGCCUCCCCUCGGCCUCCGCUGGCCCCACUCUGCCCUCCAUCUCCUCCGUGAUGCAGUUUGACCCCUUUACAAAUCACCCCCAACUUUACACAUCUGCUGCCUGUCAGCAUCUGCCAGGCGCACUCACCCGUCUCGCCUGUAAUGAAAAACUCUCAUUACUCGCCUCCACCCAACAGGUGAAGAUGACAACGACGCACAACAAGAUUUCUUUCUCCAUCUUGGACAUCUUGGACCCAAACAAGUUUAACAGCAGGAGGAUACUUUGCGACGCCAGGGAGACGUUUCCAGAGGCGGAGGAAGACAGUGCAGUGACAAGUGCAAAUGAAAGUGGAGCGGAGGGAGCACUGGAAGAGGAUGAAAAUGGUGCAGAGGAAGAGCUCUUCUCUUCAUCACAAACCCCUCAGCUGCUCUCCUCGCCUCCCCCUGAACCAGAACCCUGUCUCAGCGUGGACCAAGAGGACACAGACCGCACCUCUCUGUCCUCCUCCGCCACUCCGGAUCACUCCCCUCACAAACGCCGCCGCCAUGAUUCCACAUGUGCCAAACCUCGCCGUGCUAGGACUGCGUUCACGUACGAGCAACUGGUCGCUUUGGAGAACAAAUUCCGUACCACACGCUACCUUUCUGUUUGCGAGAGACUCAACCUGGCUUUGUCCCUCAGCCUCACCGAAACCCAGGUCAAAAUCUGGUUCCAAAACCGGAGAACGAAGUGGAAAAAGCAAAACCCUGGAGCAGACAGCACUUUACAGACACCAGGUAACACUGUGGUAAAUGUCAGUCCAAGCCCAAGUAACUUCCAUCAGACUUUUCCAAACUUCAGCUCUGGAAACAUGGUCUUCCACUCUACAGCUGCAGUCCCACUCACGUCCACAGGAGGGCUCUUGCACCCCUUUAUAUCCACUGGUUUUGUUCAGCCGACUUACUUUAAUCCACAUCUUUGA